CACCAGACCACCACGGAAAAUGGCGACUGUGAAAUAGAUGGAAGACGAAAGUAAGAAAUUAUUCAAUGCAGCGUAUAAAUUGUGUCCUGUCUCCAUCCACACCGCUCGGAGGUCAUGGCAGCUGAAAUGUCAUGUCUGACAGGUGUUGAUGAAGAUGACAAAGAUCCAGAUCCUGAGAUCAAUGCCCUCUCACUCCUGCAAGAGCCAUUGAGAAUGGCUCAAGAAUCAGCCUCCUGCACCGAUUCUUUCGGCAAGCCUUCUCUGAAACAAAACAGUGUCCUAGAUGUUCUGUCAAACACAGAUAUGUUGUCUCCGGUUGGCCUGGGAAAUGGACCUUCUUCACAUCUGGCCACACAAGCUGAUGAACUCAAUAACAUCUCGACAGAGAAAGAGGAGGAAAAAAGCAUCACCCCACUAAAAACUGUGCAGGAAAUUGACACUGCAGGAAUUUGGGGUUUUGACGUUGACUCACCUGAGAACUCAUUGGAUAAUUUUAGUAAUGCCAGUGACCUUCAUUGGGACCCUCACAAAGAGUUUAUGCAGUUUCUGUGGGAGAACCAUAGUGAUUCUCCUGGUGAGGAACCUAAAGAGGAAGUCCCUCCUACUAAUAGCCAAAGGAGAAGGAAACGGAAAAUGGACAUGGUUGUCAUGGUGGAUCCCUCAGAAGACCUUUACCCUGAUCUGAGCCACAAGUCAUCUGAGGAAUCAUCUGAUACCGAGGGACCAGGUGACUCCAUUCCUGCCAGAAAAGUCCGAAAGUCAAGGAAGUUCCCCAAGUCACAGUCGCCACCAACAGGGAAAGUGUCCAAGUAUCCCAAUGGAACUGUAAAGGCCAUUAAGGAAAUUCUUUACAAUGCUCCCACAAGAAAUGCACAUGGGAACAGUAUAAAUCAUGGACUUUCACCAUUGAAGGGGAGGCUCACAAUAAAUUCUCAUUCAGAAGAGAAGCCAUCAUGUUACCCUUGUUCAAAAUGUAAGCUCAUUUUCAAGAAAGAGCAUCAUUUGCAUCGUCAUAUGAGGUCUCACGUUGACUCUCCGAAUAUUUCGCCAAAGCCUUUUAUAUGCCGUGAAUGUGGACAGUCUUUCAGACAAAGUGGUUCACUGAUUGAGCACAUGUCCAUCCACCAGGAGAAGAGAGCAAGGCUCACAGAAGAGGUCAAAGACAUGAAUGAUAAGAAGAAAGAGGAAAAAAACGUGAAGCUUUUCUGCCCUCAGUGCCCAUUUGGAACAAACUGCCCAAACACGUUUGUUCAACAUGCGAAAACUCAUGAGAAGGACAAGAGAAAGUUUAGAUGUGACAAAUGUAGCUUCAGGACUGUGAGUGAGAAUGAUCUUAGGAGACAUAACAUAAUGCAGCACACUGUUAUUACGGUUAGAAAGCAGAUCCAGAAUGAUGACUCUGAAACCUUCUCCUGUAACAUUUGUUCUUAUAAAGCUUUUAGCAAAAAUGUUUUUAAGAAUCACCUUCAGCGGCGCCAUCAACAAACUUUUGAGGAAUACGAAGCUGCACAGCGUAGGGAGAAAAAUGUACAGAGCCAGAUUGAAUCUGAAAGCCUCUCCUGUAACAUUUGUUCUUAUAGAGCUUUCAGCAAGCAUGUUUUUGAGAAUCAUCUUCUGCGGCGCCAUCAACAAACACUUGAAGAAUACGAAGCUGCACAGCAUAGUGACAAAAACGCACAACCAUCUAAGGAGCAGCAUGUGCCUACAUGUAAAAGUCCUGUAGAAGAUGCAGAGUUUAUGUCUAAAAUCUCAAUAAAAAAUCAGAUCUCUUCUAAAAGAGCUUGUUUGCCUAGUGAGUCCAGUGACAUUUCAGACUUAUUCAAAAAUAGCAAGAUUAAGAGAGGUCUCAAGUCUCAGCUAACAGAGUCAAAGCUCGACAAAUCCAUUAAUGUUCUCCUGUCCCGACAAAGACACGGAAGGAAGACUGCUGAACAGAAGAAGGAAAGCAAUAAUUGCAGUACAUCUGUUCAGGAUUCCAAAAGUGACAAGGAUGGCUAUGAUCAGUUGCCAGGACCAUUUACUGUCAAGGUGGAAGAUUCAGCUUUAUCUCCAAAUGGCCAUGGCGUGCCCUCCAGUGAAGCUGAAGGAGAUCUCAAAAGCAUCGGUGAACCCAAGCUGAAUGUAGAUAAGUCAACACUCAAAAAGUCACCAUCUAAACGGAAGAUGUCCACCCCAUAUCGCAACACCUCUGACCAAGACUCAUGCUUCAUCUUACCAAAACCUUUGCCAAGUCCCAAGAAAAUAAACCAAGAAGAAGAAGUGGCAGACUUGGAUGAAAAAGACAUUUUCCAGUUUAAGGAUACAGAUCCCAAUACAAACUCUUUUGACAAUGGUAUCAAGAAAGAAAAACAAAACAUCAUUUAUACCUAUAGCAGAAGAAUGUCCAUGAGGGGUGCUCUGCAGGCGUCUAAAAGGCUGUUUGAGAAAAUAAAGACUGAAGAGCAAGAACAGAACGACCCUGAAAUCAAAGAAGAAUGCAUAGAAACAGAAGUAUUUCAAGAAACCUUUGACUCCCACCAAAUACCACUGCAGGAAUCCUUCACAGACGAUUUGUCAGAGAUGGAUUCAGACCGCAAGAGCUGUCCAUACUGUCCCGCAGUCUUUGAGUCAGGUGUUGGAUUGUCCAAUCAUGUCAGAGGGCAUCUUCAUAGGGUCGGACUGAGUUACAAUGCACGCCAUGUAGUGCCUCCUGAGCAGGUGGCUUCUCAAGACAGGAGGCCACGAAUUCGCCGGAAGAUUUCGGCAUUCCGGAGAUUGAAAAAAGCAUUACAGCUGGACUCAGAUUCUGAGACUGUGAAGAGCAUUCACUCCUGUCCAUUAUGCGGGGAUUCAUUUGAUAACAGGACUGGGCAGUCGAACCACAUACGAGGCCACCUCAAAAAGCUUGGUAAAAGCUUUGCAACAAAGAACAAAUCCCCAUUAUUUUUACUCCGGGAGUUGAUGCGCGACAAGAAGGAGUUCCAGCGGGCACUUCAAAUUCUGGGAAAGAGGCGGAACCAUUUUCAAUACGGUGCUUCACCAAAGCUGUCCAGUGUUGAUAGUUUCACACCAGCCCCCAUUGGAAUCCCAAAAAGUAAUUCUGUUCCAAGAGUUUGCACUGAUGCCAAACCACUGAUGUCCACAUUUUCCUUAGGGGAAAUGGAAUCUGAAAAAAGACAACUAGAGACAAAACUGGAUGUGAAAAAUUCACUCUCAGGCACAACUGCCUUGAUAGGAAUUCUGAAGAGAAGGAAGUGUCAGGAAGACGGCAGGCUAAAGGGGUCCUCUCAGAUGUCAAGAAACACAUUAAUAGUUUCUUCAAACAGUGAGCACAGUUCAGGAUCAGGAGUUGCAGCUUCACUGCCAAACUCAAUAUCUGAGAAAGGUGAAUUCAACAGGAAGGUGUGCGUCCAUUGCAAUGCAACUUUCCACAGUGGAGUUAGCUUGUCCAAUCACCUCCGGGCAUAUGCAAAACGAAAGAGGACUGCCUUACUUGAGGGAACCACAUUUGACUGUAAAGCAAGGAGGCAGCGCUCAAGGCCUGGCUCAAAGAAGAAGACACUGCCCUUAACACAAACUCCAGAGGAAAUGUACAGACUCACCUGCAGGUUCUGUGACCUCGUCUUCCAGGGUCCCUUGUCGGUCCAGGAGGACUGGAUUAAACAUUUACAGAGACACAUUAUGAACACUAGUGUCCCUCACACUGGGCUAGGCAUGGUAGAGGUUACUUCGCUGCCCAUGGACCCCCCAAACCUCAAGACUGACCAAGACAGCUCUCUGACAGCCACACAUGCUGCCUCAUGA